UUUACGUCAGAAAUGUAAGAGAUGGCAGCUGGAGGCGACUGGGCUUCACUGCCCAGUGUUGUCCUUGAGGAUAUAUUUUCUAAAUUGUCGCCUAAAGACAGGAUUCGAGCCUCGUCUACGUGUCAUAAAUGGAGGGAGUAUCUGUUUCUACCUCAGUUUUGGCCAGUAAUAACCUUCAAUUUGAGUUAUAAAGGCCGUUCAAGAUCCAGAUUUUUUAGUUCAAAAUGCGCGAAAUUCGUGAAGGAAGUAACGAUCGAGUUCAAUUCUACUCGAUGUUCACAAGUCUGGGAUUGCACUCGGUUACUUGAAUUGCUUUCAAGAAAUGGGCAGCUAGAAUGUUUAUCUCUUCGCCCAUCAAACUGUUAUUUUGAUGGAGGUGAUGGUAGUUUAGAAAGCUUCCUUGAAUCUCUUCGACUAGUCGUGAAAAGAAACAGACGUCUCCUCCACUUGUCUUUGGGUUGCACUGAAAUCCUCUUGAAUAACUCACAAGAGGUGUUGAGUCUUCUUGUAAAGUACCAUGCACCAUAUCUUCAGUCCCUGCAUUUAGCCAGUGUAAAAGAAGACUCCAGCUCAUACAGUAUGCCCUUUUUUGGCCUCGACUGUAUUUCUGCUUUCUCAAAUUUACGGUCCCUGAGUUUGGAUUAUGACUUUCUCUCCCCGAAAGUUAUGUUCACUUUGGCUCAUCGUCAGCACACUGCUCCUCCAUUGCAAAGUCUCAGCAUACAUGUCCACAGGGUGGGGCAUCAGCCAAUCAAUGAAAAAAUGUGGAAAGAAUUGGUUGAAUCGAGUCCAAAUAUGGAGCUAACAUUAAGCUUUGUACACUCCUUAGACGGCAUCCAAGCGCUCUUAGAUAUCCUGAAGCCAUCUAUGCCACUUACUCAUUUUCGACAAUAUUUUUGUGGUGAUAUAAGUGUAGCUGCCCUCAACAUGAUGAGCAACCACUAUCGAUCCACACUGCACUCUUUAACAAUCAUUGAGGCUAUUGAAAUGCAACCCAUCAACUAUAAUAACUAUGACACUGAAGAUCCUUUUGUGAUGCUGGCGUGGCGUUGCACUAGACUAGAAGUCUUAAAAUUAAUUGGUGUUUCAUUAGAUCAGAAAGACCUGGUAGCAAUAGCUCGACUUAGAAGUGGUCUGCGUGAGCUUAUGGUGCCAUCUUGCUGUGUAUUUUGGAGUGAAGAAGAUGAAGACUAUUAUGAUGAGGAUGAAGCUUUGUUGGAUUUGCAGUACAAGGUGUCUGAAAGCCUGGGAAGAAGAUGGCAGUUGUUACCGGAGUUCAGUGUUCCGCCAGCAGUCUUCUUCAGAAAUGCCAAUGCUGAUAAUGCAUAUAUGAAUGAAUUACUUGAAGACCAAACCUGGAGAAUAAACAGCUAGACCUCUCUAAGCCAGACAGUGUUAACAUCAUGUUUUAGACAUUUUUUAAAAAUAUUUUUGAGUGCCAGAAAAUAAAUAGAAUUUAAUGUGGCAAGAUUUUUUUAUUUUUUUUGCUAAAAACAAACAUUUCUUAGUUUAUAAUUUGGAUCUAACUUACAGCAGUUCAAUCAAGUUGUAAGCUUUUUAAAUGGCCUAAAUUUUUAUAAAAUCAUUACCAAGAUUUUUUAAUGCAUACAGUUUUGUAAACUAUGUUUGUUGCCUAUAACGUAAUAUCAUUUAUAAAUCCAUUCAUUAAUUUUGUUCUCUAGUAUCAUUGAUUAAAGUAUAACAAAAUCUUGUUUUCAUUAGUCUCUAAUUUACAUAUUUUUAUUUAAUGAACGAAAUGAUAGUUUUCUAGCUAUGGAAAAAAAAAUACCCUAAUUUGUCAUUACAGCUUCAUUUUUUUUUUAUUUAUCCUUUGUACAUAGUUGUUUACAAUUUUGAUUUUUGACUACUUUAAUGUGAUUGUUGAAAACGAAAAAGGUUUAAUGGAUGGGAUGAACAACUUUGCUAGAGACCUUUUUUAAGUAUUUUGUUAAACAUCAUAAAUGGACAAUCGGGUAAUUAAGUUUUGUAUGCAUUAUAGAACAGACAUUGUAGUUGUCUAGUAAAAUGUAUAUGUAAAUAUGUGCAUCGUUUAUAAACUGUUUCCAAGUUUAUUGUAAAUAUUUUCACCUUCUAAAGUCAAGCUAUGAAGAGAUGGCCAUCAACAAAUAUCAAAAGACAACGGACUUAUACUCAUUUAAAAAACUAAAUAACCGUUGGUACUUGAACAUCCAACAUAACACUACUUCACAGAACCGGAAUUAUGGAUGCGAACAUAUUGAAGAGAUCUCUGUGAUAUACAUAAAUAUAUUGUGAUAUGAAUCAAUUAUAUAUAUAUAUAUAUAUCUAAAUAUAUACACAUUUUAAUUUUUGUAUGUGUGUGCAUAAAAAGACUUUUCGCAAUUUGUUCUGAUGACAUAGAUGAAGUGCAAUAUUUUCUUUGUUGCAAAAAAAAACAAAAAUUUUUUUUUACUGCAGUCUAGAUUUGUGUCAAAGAUUAGAAGAAAUUUUAAAUUUGUUUUUUAAAAAUCUUUGUCACCUUGUGAAGAGUCUUUUUAUGCAAGCAUAAUUAAAGUUGUUACUACGUCAACAUGGAAAUCGAAAAGAACAUUGUUUUACAGAUAGCAGAUUUUAUUGAAAAGUUUUUGUUGCUAAUAACUGUAAUACUUAGCAAAUUCAUUGCUGUGAUCCAGUAGGACAGCUAAUUAAUUUAUAAGCUGUAAUGCCAUAAGAAUAUAUAUAAUUUAUAAAAAAAAAAAUUUGAAAGUAGAAAAACAUUGCCUUUUUUUUAAAUUCACUUUAUUACCAAGUUGGAUUUUUGUUUUGUUAUCUUGUAAAGUUGAGAAUUUUGUUUAAGAACUUUACAUUUUUUUUUUUUUGUUGUUUUUUUCAUAAUUUUUUUUUUCUUUUUAAAUAUUUUGUUAAUAUUGGAAUGUUGAUUUCAGUAAUUUAGAUUUAACAUCAGAUACAAAGAAUUAAAGGUAGUCUCAUUUAAAAUAAAAUUAUUAUAGCAUACACUUAGGUGUGACUAGGCCUAUUUCAGAAAAAACAAUUUAACCUAAAUUUUAUCCCUAGAAAUUUUUUUAAGGGUUGGGAAAAGACAUUAAAGUUGGAACAAAAACAACUGAUAUAAUAUUUGAUAAAGAACAUUUAUUUACUAAAAUAUAUUUCUAUAAACUUAUAUUUCAUUUAUUGAAAAUAAAACAUUUAAGGGUACAUUUUUUAGAUGUGCUAAUUAAUUUAAGGCUACAUCUUUGAGAUGUGCUGUCAAUAAUUUUUCUUUAAAGGGCAUCAUUUCUUCCAUAUUUUUGUUUUACAUUGAACCAUUAAUCAUUUCUGUCACUCUUGCCUUCCUUCAUGUAUACCUCAUUGAUUGUCUUGUUCUGUAAUUAUUUUCUUAUUGAUUGUUUUGUACUGUAAUUAUUUUCUUAUUGAUUGUUUUGAUCUGUAAUUUAGAUCUAUUUCCUAUUGGGUUGUUAAGAUUUUCAACCAACAGGAAAAAAACAACAACAAAAAGCUUUUAUCUGAUAAGUGCAGACUUCAGACCAGGUACAUUCCACCAAACAACAUGCUGCAGAAAGGAGAGCCCAGCUCCUAAGAAUAAUAUAUGCCUUGUAAAUCCAAGCAUUAAAGAUCUUUUUUUUUGUCAAUUGAAUACAAAAGAACACAUGUCUUUCAGCCAACAUCUGGCACAAUAUUUAAAUCACCAACUUAGAAUAACAUGUCAUUGGGUUUUUACAGUUUUGCUGUGAGUUUAAACUUGAAAAACUUUUAUUACUGUUCUUUCAAGACCAGAGUGUAUGUAAUUUUGUAUAUAUUUUUUUCUUUUCAUAAAUCUGAUUUGGUAGUUUCUCUUCAUUUGAAAACUAAAUAUAUAUGUCUGUCUGGGUUUUUUUUCUCUAUUUUUUUGGGGAGGUGUUUAUGUUUUUCAUAAAUUUUGUUAUAAAAACAAGAAAAAAGUAAACAUAUUAGCAUAUUUUUUUUUAUAGAUUCUUACUUCUACAUUACUUUAUUUGCUAAAACAAAAAUCUAAAACAUAUUCUAGCAAUUCUUUUUUAAAGCUUAUUUUUAUAAAAUUUAAAUUAAAUUUAAAAACUAUUUAAAUUAAAUUAAAUUAGUAUUAAUUAAAUAAAAUUAAGUUUCUAGCUAUUUUCUUGAAAUCUCUAGUUUUCAUCAUUUCAAGCUUAGUCUCAUGUAUGUGUGCUUCUCAAUUUUUAUUGCUAAUGCAAUUUUCUAAUUUAAACAAAAACGAUUUGAAAACUUUUUUUCCAAAAUAUGAUUUUGAAAAUACAAAACUAAAUGGCAUUUGUUUAAAAACCUUUAAUACCUAUGUAUGGGUGACCUAACAAAAUAGCGCGGACUUACAUACGAUGUGAAUAGAAGUACCGGAUUAAUAGUAAUUUAAAAUUACAUCUCUAUCUUUUUCGAAAUUAAUAGAUCUGAAAGUAUGCCAUAUUUGCAGAGAACGAGAGUACUUUAAAUUUUAUAUCAUUCCCCUAUUUCACCAAUGUUUAAAAUGCAUAACUUGCUAAAAAUAGGAUUUUGAAAAGUGGUGACCCCAUUCAAGGGUUAGAUAUAUAAUGAUGCGUGUCUUACAGUGUGUUAUGCUAUAAUCAGAAAUCUGCUGCAUAUUUCUUGAUCAAAACAGUGUGUCUUUGCCGCAACAUUGACAAACUUAGGUGUGUCAGGAUUAGUUAAGAUUCCAGUCACACCUGUUUUUAAAGUACACUUUUGGAAUGUAAAUAAAUGAUAUAUUUUGAAAUAAUUCAUCUUAGCUUAUUAUAAUUUUUGCUUACUUUUUGCAUAUUUAUGUUUUAAGAUAUCUUAAGUGUUUCCUAAAAAAACAUUGGCUCUAUUCAUUCUAUAUUUUACGACAUCUAAAGUUUUUCUUUCAAAAUGACUGAAAUAUAUUUUUUCUGCGCUAUUUUGUCGGGGUACCCUAUGUAUGUGAAUUUUCAAAUUACAGGAGUCGUAUUCGUUUGAACUAAACUUUUGUUACAGGCUCUGUAAUUUCUUUUAACAGUAUUUUGAAUGAACAGAGUGUUCUUGAAAGCUCAACUAUUUAAGAGGGACCAGAUGUAAAGAACACUCAUUUUUAUUUUUGUCUCAUAUCCUUGUGUAUAAUCCAGAUGAAAUUUGGUGACAGGAUUUAUGCCCACUCUAUUUUCAACUGUACUAGCAAACUCUUUGGUAUUCACUUUUAGGCAAUCUCUUGAUCACUCAGAAGUGCAGAUCAAGUUAAUAUAUGAUAAUAUUUUUACAAGAAUUAGCCUAUGUUGUAAGAAAGCUGAUGUAUUUGGUUGUUAUUUGUACAAGUAAAAUUCAAGCUAGCCUUUUUUUUAUCCCUUUUUUUUUAGUUUUGUAUACUUCAUAUCGAGAACUAUUUUUAUUUAUUCUUACCAGAUGUGGUCCAAAAAAUAAAGGUAUAAUCUAGGUGUUAAAUUUCAUUUGUUAGUCUAAAUGCUAAUCAUUCCUAAUUUCUUUUUGCAUCAUUUGUACUAAAUAGAUUUAAAACCUAAGAAAACUUAUAGUUUACAGUGCUUCUGUUUGCUAAUUAAAAGUAUUUUCACACUAUGUGCUGGCAAGUUAUUUGAGUAAUUUCAUUGAGUGUCUCUUUGGGUUUAAUGAAAUAUUCACUUUCAAUAUCACCCUGUAUGCACUUUGUGUUAGCAAUAUUAUGAAAUUAAUUUUUAAAAUGUUAAUGUGUUAAUCCAAAAAAAAAUUCUUUAAAUUUUAUGUCUUAAAGAGUAAUUGAAACACUUAUAUCAAAUAUUUAAAAUAUAAUUCUGAUGCAUUUUUCUUUUUAUGACAGUCUAUAGUGUAUGUGUACUUAAUAAAUAUUUAUAAAACUAGGAAUGGAUUAUUCCCAAAAAUAAAAUCUUUUUUUUUUAAUUUUAUACUUUGAGCAAGACUUUUUUAUUUUAAUUUAAUAUUUGGACACGCUUCAGCAACUAGAGCUUGAUGCUUGACAUACUGUAGUGAAUCCUAUUUUUAGAACAUGUGGUCAUCUGCAGCCACUAAAGCUUGAUGACUUGACAAACUGUAGUGUUUCUGAUCUCUUGCAAAAUGUUUGAAAUAUUUUGUUGCUAUUAAUCUCACUAUGACAUGAUUUUCAUGUUUAGAAAAUGUCUAAGAGUUCCUGUUCAUGAAAUCUUUUAUUUCUGCAUUUAAAAUCAUUAACCACCAUUUUUUUGUUAAAUUUAUUUAACUGUUUCUGUCUUCAUCAAAGCCUUUUUUUUUUCAUUGAAUUUGGUUAAUUGUUAUCGUAUAGGAUAGUUUUUUUUAAGUAGGAGGUGAGAAUGAAAAGCUUCUUGCAUAUGAUAUCAUGCAUUUAACACUUUCCACUCUCAAUUAUUAGUGAUGUUUUUCUUAUAGAAUUUUUUUGUAGUAUACUAGCUUAUAUAUUAAUAUUGCUUUGUGUAGUUAAAGCAAGCAUAUAUAAUUAACUGUUGAUUGGUUACCACAAUUUUAAACAAUUGACAUUGUAUCUUUGAUCCUAGAUCUACUAAUUGAUAUUUUGAAAAGCGAUAAAAUUUUUAUAUAAGGUUAUUUACCAGGCCAUCAUGUACAAUGAUAUUAAGUCUUGUACCUUUUUUUUUGUAGCAUGCAGAGUUAAUUGGUGCUAUAUUAUCAAGAUGUAAAAUAAAAUUAUUUGUAAUCAGUAUUCAUGUAGUUGAUUUUAGCAUUAGAAUUUAUUUUUUUUUAAAUUGUAGAAUGUAAUGAUAAAGAAGCAAAUUAUAUUUUUCUUUGAAGUAAUAAUUAGAACAUACAUUAAAUUCUUCUGUUAAAAUUGUUUUUCUCAUAUGUGAAAACUAAUUUACUAUCCUUUAGCAUUUUAGUUGUAUUAUGUAUCAAAAACAAAAUUGUUUAAAUGCUUGCAUCCAAAAAAAAAAUGCUUUGUUUGUUAAAAAAUAGAAUACACUUCUGUGAUAUUUUCUGAUGAUCAAUUUCCAGAAUUUAACAAAAACACUAACAAUGUUUUGAAAGUAAUUUUUUUUGUUUUUAAAUAUGUGAGUCAUUAAUAGAAGACAUUUUUUUGUUGUAUAUUGACAAAAUUCCAUGUGAUAUUUGGACUACGAAGCAGCACACGAGGGAAAGUGGCAAUCAAUUCAGAUUUUUUUUUGUUCUCAUUAUAUCUACCAACUGUAAUUUCAUUUCUUUUUUUUUUUUAUUUUUAGUCCCACAUGACUUUUAUUCUCCACUUUGGCUGCCACUGAUUAGUUCUCUUAUUAAUAAGCAUUCAAGUAAAGUAAGUUUUUCUGAAAAAUAAAAGGAGGGGGGUACCAGCCAUACAAAGUAGGUAUGUAUUAUAUAUAUAUAUAUAUAUAUUAAUACAUAUAUUUAAACUUUCUUAUUUAACUAGCUCAUAUAACGGAUUUAGCACUUUAUUAUGUCACUCUUGUUAUAUGUGAGAUUGACUAUCAGUGUGCCGAUAUUGACAUAAAACUCAAAAGGCUGUCUACUUGCAUUUACAUUUUGGCUAUGUUCUUUUUUUUUUAUCAAGUGUAACAAUCUGCAGCAAGAUAAGGAAAAUUACUGUUAUUUAAGUUGCAUUGUAUUUUAUUUGCCAGGUUGUAUGUUUUGUCAUUUGAAAUUUAAGUUUAUUGUAAAUAUAUAUAUAUAUAUAUAUAUAUAUAUAUAUAUAUAUAUAUAUAUGCUAGUCAGAAUCAGCCAUCUUAUGUUUUUGUUUUUUUACUAUGUUUCUAUUCAUUAGUAUAACACAAGUGUCUUCUUAGUCUACUCUCACAAAAAAUCUGCCCAUGUAUUCACAAGGAAAACUUUUAAUAUGUAGAAAUAUUAGAAUGGUAACCAUAAUACCAAGUUUAUUAGAAAUGUAGAUAUUGAUGGUAGCUGUAACAUUCCUGACGCUAAAAUUUAAACUGGAAUGCAUCUAUGUUUUUUUAAAGGAUAAUUAAUCAAAACGCUUUUUUUUUUUAAAUGAACAUCUGUAGAUCCUGUUUGUUACACACAAAAAAAGCUAUACUUUAAGAAUAUACAUUAAUGUUAAAUGGGCUAUAACCAUUUUCUGUAUUUAUAUGUCAUGAAAUAGAAUCAUACUUGUAAUGACCCAAAAAGAAAGACUACUCUGUAGGAAGAGGUUCUUUUUCCUCUACUUGUCAGUAUACAAUAAAUAAAAGUAAUUGAAAUUGUGUGCAGAGCUAAACAAUAAAUAGAUCAUAUUAAUA